AUGACUUUACACCGACCGAUCAACGAGAGAAGCCCGAUGGGACAGCGCCCUUCAUUCCCGAAAAUGACCGCCAUCACUCCAGCGGCUACUGCCGGCUCUGUGAACUCGUCCGGUUCCUAUUCGGUCAGAGAGAUACUGGACAGGUAUGAAUCGGAAGAGGAUGAAUUCUUACGCGAGCUUGAAGAUAUGCGUGCAUCACUUCAGAAUAGCGAACAAGAUGACGAAAACGUUGUUCAACGAAUGUCGGCGAUUUUCGACUCCCACACGAACAUAUUCCCUCGGCUUCGUCGAGCUACUCACACCGAGAUACGCACCGGAGCACGAGAACGACUAACCACGCCGCCUAGAAAGGACCCAAUGUCAACGUCUUCAAUAUCUACGGAUCUCUCACAACUGUCAACGCGUACUCGGGCUCCGCCGUUGGUUGAACCGGAACUAAGUGACAGUGAAAUUGAAGGAGACUACCCGAUUGAACGUCGCAAUCGCCGCAAUGCUAUUCGUCGUUGCGACAUGUCCAUGUCGGAGUACACGAGUCCGUCUUCAGCAUCGUCAAGUAGAGAUCCCAGCGAAGCUAUGACGUCGAGUCGUUCGUCGUUCCUGGAGUUGAUCGGUUUUCGAAAGCGAAAUGUAGCAACAUCGGCUACCUCCUUGCAGACUCAAAAGAAACCAAUUCCGAAGAAACGGAAACGUCGAGUAUCCGAUGACGAGUCUAGUGGAUUAUAUGCAAAUAUAGACGACAGCGAUGAUUCGGAUAAUCUACGAAUGAAAGUGAAAGCGAAAGCGAAUUCAUUCCUAAAUGUCCACAACAAUUAUGAUCAUCCAGGAAAUCUUCUUCGUGUUGAUCGCGAAACAAAGCUGCGACACGACAAGCAGAAUCUCGAAGCGGAAAUCGAAGAACUCAAGGAUGCCUCAGGUUUCCAUCUUAAAUUUCAGAUGCGCAAUCAGCGUUUAGUUGAACAGCUUCGUGACAAAAGCGUUCAGUUUAGUAAACUUCAAUUUCACGCACAUCAACUCGACGAACAAAUUGUGGCUUUGAGCCAGCGAUGCGCAUUAAAUGCAGCCUUAGACAAAUUAACGCUCGACGAACGACUUAUUAAAGGAUCGAUGAGUGCUCUAGAAAAGGUAGAAGAUCGUCUUCGUCAUCUUCAGCAUCAAGUACAGUGUGCGAAACUGGAUGCUGUCAAUGCACAACAAAAAACGCUGAACAAUUUGUCAAAUGAGCGAAACGCUCACAGUGCUUGUUUGGAAAGACUUGAAGAACUACAACGAGAACAUUUUGCACUGGUGCAGAGCAGGUACUUAGAGUCUGGUUGUAGUGAUAACCUCUGGAAGCGUAAAAUCGACGCACUGCCCUCAUACGAGAUGUUAUAUAGCUUCACACAGCAACUGCUGAGAAAGUAUACGGACCUGAAGUGGUCAUUGUUGGACAAAGACAGUGAGAUGAGUCGAACGGAACUGGAUCUCAUUGCAGCUCAAUCGUCACUUCUCGUCACUCAUGCUCAGGUCAAACGCGACAUGAAUUUCUUCUUGCCAUUCAAACUACAAGGCUCCCGAAUUGAGAACUCGAGAAGAAUUGUGAACAAAAAAGCCAUUGAUCACGAAAAAGAUCUAGAAAUAGAGUUCCACAAAAUGUUCGGUGACGGCAGGCAUACGGUACCACUACCGCCGACAGCUGACAAGCCACCACCAAGUGCAUCGAGCCGUAUUGAGUACAUGAUGAGGGAAAUGUCGUCCACUAGGAACCGUAAAGUGCCACCGCCUUCUGUUCGUGAACGACCACGUACUUCGUCAAACCGACCAAUGAGACCUAUGGACGCUGGACAAAUACCAACAUCCUCGCUGCAAGAUCUACCAUUUCGCAACCCGGUCACCACUCCGGUGAUGUCCAGAAAAUUUUCCGACAAAUUCUCAUGUGGAACUUACAAUGAGCUGGCAGAAAUUGCGAGACGGGAACGAGUGCGAAAACUCGAACGAGGUUAUAGUAUGGACACUCACGAACGGUCGACAUGCGACAUACGACAGAAAGACGAACGAAAACGAGACGACAUUCGUGAAAAUUCUGGUGAAACUCCCGAACGACGAGCGUCAAGGAUUCAACGGUCGCAACCAGUCCAUCUAACUCGGAUCAAACCACCAUCGCAAAUCGCACAACGAAAAACGGUAAAGCAGAACCGAAUUUCUGUUCGAAUUACCUACCUUGUGAAAACUUUCUUACCUCGGCUGGAAUCGCGACCACCAGAACGGCAUGCCGUGAUGGAAAUUCUCGAUCCACCUAGAACCGGAUGCAGUCCACCGCCGCCAACACCGCCACCACCACCUCCUCCACCAUCGGCUUCCGCGAACCCCAGCCGGCUGUCAAAAGCAGACAAGAAGUCAUGGUUGGACAAAAUUCGAAACAUGAAGCGAACAUAA